UGCGGCACGAUAAAGUCACAAUCGCACCCGUUUCCCGUGUUCGUGGCCAUUCGCUGGUGUCAUUCGCUGGGUGUUGGCUGGGAUGGCUGUUUGGUGUUUGGUCGCUUUUCACGAUCACGGUAAACGGGAAAUGAGAAGCCAUUUGUGGCUAUCCUGUGCAAUGGCUCAACCGUCGGUCAGACUACUAUCGACACUGUGGGGGUCUCACACCGACGAAAAACUCAUUAGAAGAUAUCUAGAAGCCGAUUGCCAAGUGACGCUACACUGUCCGGUGUAGCGUGCCAACGGAUUCAUCAACAGUCGCACCACAUCCGGUCCGGUGCACGAGGCUCUUCCGGACUCUGACCUUCGGCAUCACCACGGGGCUCGAUACAAUCUAAGCGGGAGUUAUUUUCGGAAGAAACAGUUCUACUCUCAUACACACACAUAUAUAGACCACGUGAGCCACACGAAUCGACGGACGGACUUCCCGUUUUCCCGGUGAUUUGUUUUUGGGGGCCACCACUACCAAUGGUCGGCAUCGGGUUUUUCUUCCCCGAUCUGUCACUGACAUUCUACUAUAAACAGCAUUCAACAAGGGAUCAGUAUGGGCGGUACCGGUGCACAUUAGCAGAUCGCAGAUCGAUCGCGAAUCGUGCCAGUCGAACCUUGCAGUCGCGUUUGAGCAGGCAGCAGUAGCAGCCCUACGCGGUUUAUCGAGUACGAGUGCAGUUUCGUUGGAAGUUAAGGGAGAUCCCUGGUACCCUAGUGGUAGACUCGAUUCGGUUUUGGCCUCUCUUUUGUCGCAUUGUGUCGGUGUGCGAAUCUGCGAAUCGGACUUACGACGUCACCACGCAUCACGCGGAUACGCCGCGCGCUAGGUCACGUACGCGAUACGUCACCGAGGACUACCUAUUGAGAUCCUAUUGAGGAUUGUGUAAUUGUGGGCUGACGGCGCGCACGGUGGCAACAAUGGGAACGCGCUAUAUGGCCAGAAGCUUUAUGGACCUGAUCUGGGACUAUGCGGUGUUCAUCGUGUUUAUCAUCUUCUCCACACUGGUCCCGCUGUGGGGCCGGUUUUUCGGCAAAAAGGAGAAAACCAAGGCCGACUACGUGUUCGGUCUGGGAACGAUAUCGAUGGGUGCUAUGAUGCUUUCGAUCGCACGUGGCACACUCGGUGUACGGUCGUUUCUGGGUUACCCGAGUGAGCUGUUCUACCGUGGGUCGGCCAUGUGGGAAACGCUGUACGGUAUGGUGACCGCUUAUCCGGUCGUGUGCUUCGUCUUCAUUCCGGUGUACUUCAACCUGGGCGUCACCUCCGUCUACCAGUAUCUGGAUUUGCGCUUCAACAGCCGGCUCGUCAGGUGCCUUGCAUCCGGUACGUACAUUGUACGAUCGCUGCUAAAUCUGGGUGUGACCGUGUACACACCGACCGUCGCCUUGAAUACUGUCAUCGGUAUUCCGUACUGGGCGUCACUGAUCGGCAUCUCGGCGAUCAGCAUCGUGUUCAAUCUGCUCGGUGGACUGAAGGCAGCGAUAACGGCGGAUGUCAUACAGGGCGUCACCAUGAUUCUGAUCUCGCUCGGUAUCAUCAUCCAGUCGAUGGUCAGUGUGGGAGGCUUCGAGAAGAUUUUCACCAUCCCGGCCAACAAUGAUCGUCUUGACUUCCUUAACUUCACCGGAGACUUUACGGUGCGCGUGGACACUACGUCGGCCUGGCUCGGACAGCUGUUUAUGUCACUGAGUAUCUUCGGUUGCCAGCAGAACUUUGUUCAGCGCUACCUGAGCAUGGGCACGUUCAAGGAGGUGCGCCGUACGCUGAUGAGCAACAUUCCCGUCGUGAUCGUACUGUUCUGCCUGGCGUGGAUCGUCGGUAUGGGCGUGUACUCGGUGUAUGCCGUCUGUGAUCCGAUGAAGGCGGGUUACAUCAACAAAAUGGACGAAAUCCUGCCCUUCUUCGUGGAGGAUAAGUUUGCGUACUUGCCGGGCGUACUGGGUAUCUUCAUGGCCUCCCUGUUCAACGGAGCGCUCAGUUUGAACGUAUCAAACCUGAACUCACUGGCGACGGUUACCUGGGAGGACUUUCUUUCGCAUCUGCCCCGGUUCAAGGGAAUCGGUGACAAGCAGCAGCUGAACGUGAUCAAAUUUAUCGGUUCCAUCUAUGGCGUGAUAGUGAUGAGUGUGGGCUUCUCGGUCGGUCUGCUGUCCGGUGUGAUCGAGAGUAGUAUGCUAAUGACGUCGGCCACCUCGGGACCACUGUUGGGCGUGUUUCUACUCGCGAUGCUUGUGCCAAUCGCCAACUGGAAGGGUGCCGCCUGCGGUAUGCUGUUGUCCCAUGUUAUCACACUGUGGAUUACGUUCGGGAGCUUGACCGUCUCGAAGGAGGUCGUCCUGCUUCCUACCACCAUCGAGGGUUGCACCAAUGAUACGUUCUCGUCCGGUAUCACGAAGCCAACCAAAUCCUGGCUAUUGGCCAACACACCGCUCGAGGUGGAGUCCGAAUUUCCGUACCUGGAGACCACAAGCGCGAUACCAUCGGACACGACCCCAGGGCUCGGCUUCCCACAGAGUCUUUAUUCCGUGUCCUACAUGUACUACAGUUUGAUCGGUACCUUCCUAACGGUGGCCAUCGGUGCCCUCGUCAGUGUACUGACCUCACACGAUGACGAUGCGUACGAUCGCAAGCUGCUACACCCGGUGGCGUACUAUUGCAGUAGACUGUUCCCCGGUAAGGAGCGCCGGUACAUCACCAACCCCGAUAUCCGGCCGAAGGAAGAGAAACAACCGAAGACCGCCGGUGACGAUCGGUCGAAGAAGAUACCGAUCGAGGAGCUGGAGCGUGACAACCAUGGCUUCGAUACGGUUUCGGAGCAGUCGGGCGUUACGGUCGUUAGCAUAGACCCGGUGGUGACACCACCGGUGACGAAACCAACGCCGGAUAGUCUGGAGGGAGUGUACCGGAAGCGUGACUUGGAAUCGGCGCACUGAUCGGCUGUCCUUCUCCUUCUUCCUUUCGCGCCACUCCUCGCUAGCCGUUCAAAGCAUAACAAUCAACAAGACUGUGAUAAACUCAGAGAACCUACCGCAUAAGACGGGGUCACAAGGGAAGUAAAGUAACAUCGUAAAGUGUUGCAGGUCAGCGCUUCCGAUUCGCCGGCAGCAGCGCUUGGUUCGCGUCAUUCACCGCAUAUAGUAUUUCGUAGUCUCCGGGUGGCUCUGGCACCGACAGACUGGGCUGCUCGCGUGCCCUCGGGGCAUUUCAGAUGUUCGCACGGGACAGCAAUAAUUGUAAAUAGGUAGCUACAAAGUAAGGAAGUGUGCACACGUGUGCCUAGGGCUUAGCUGGGAACGGGAACUUCUACUGGAAUCUAACUGUACUGUACUGUUAAGUGUUAAGGAAUCCUUUCCUUCGUCUCUUUUCGUAUCUUCUAGGAAUAAAGCGAAUUGAAAUUUGUAAAAGAAAA